CUCGCAAAGGGCCAGGGUGGAUUCGGUUGGUUUCGUGCUGCUGCUACCGCUACCGCGCGUUCGUCCCUCCCUCCGUGGACUCUUCCCCCACCCCCUUACCCGCCCUCUAACCUCCUCGUCGUCGCCCUGACCGCGUCUCGCUCGUCGCGCCGCAGGAGUUGAUUUGAGAGAAGCGUCAGAGGCCAUGGCACCCAAGAAGGACGUGAAAAAGCCCGAGGCGGCCAAACCCGCGGCCAAGGCGGCGGCCCCAGCCGCCGCCGCUCCGGCACCGGCCCCGGAGCCCGCGCCUGCACCACCCCCGCCCAAGCUCGAUCUCUCCUCCGUGAAGAUCGAGUUCUCCAAAGAUCAAUUGGAAGAGUACAAGGAGGCGUGGACCCUGUUCGACAGGCGUGGAGACAACAAGAUCACGCUCAGCCAGGCCGGUGACGUGAUGCGCGCCCUGGGCCAGAACCCUACCAACGCCGAGGUCAGCAAACUCCUGGGGAACCCCAAGCCGGAAGAUUUGGCCAACAACACGCUGGACUUCGAGCAGUUCCUGCCCAUCCUGCAGACCCUGGCCAGCGCCAAAGACAAGGGGACCUUCGAGGACUUCGUGGAGGGUCUGCGCGUCUUCGACAAGGAGGGCAACGGCUUGCUGCUCGGCGCUGAGCUGCGCCACGUGCUCGCUACGCUCGGUGAGAAGAUGGUUGAGGAGGAGGUAGAGACGCUUCUCGCAGGACACGAGAACGCGGACGGAUACAUCAACUACGAGGCUUUCAUCAAGCACAUCUUGACCAGCUAAGCGACUCGAGGAGAGCUGGAUCGGCUAGCGGAAAAUCCGACUCCGACACAGAUCUCGGGCCCCGCCCCUCCCGCACCCCGACUCCCCCUGGCCCCCGCCCCCCCCCCCCCCCCCCACUCGGCACACACACCGGCAAAAUUAUUAAAUUAUUUUUCUAUACAACUCCCCGGACACCGCUGGGCAAACAAAAUAAAAGUCUACAACAGCGAGAGCCAGGCUGAGAUGACCAUCACGGGCCCCAGCGAGAUACCACCACGAUAACAACAACAAUAACAACAACAA